CUGCCAAAACUGAUGCCCUGACAUCUAUCCCCUAGACUCACAUGGUAGAAGCAGAGUACUGACUGCUUCUGCUCAUACACUGUGGCAUGCCUCCCCCCAAUAAUACAUGUAACUUAAGAAGCAGUCUGCUACACGACUCAUGUAAUUGCAGGGCUGUGCAGAAACUUCCAUCUUGACCUUUUGCUUUUUCUUUUCUUGAAGGAUGGUUCAGCAGUUUGGAGUGGACUUUGAAAAGCGAAUCGAGGGCUCUGGAGAUCAAGUGGAUACGCUGGAGCUGUCUGGGGGGGCCCGAAUCAAUCGCAUCUUUCAUGAGCGCUUUCCCUUUGAGCUGGUAAAGAUGGAGUUUGAUGAGAAAGAUCUACGGCGAGAGAUCAGCUAUGCUAUUAAGAACAUCCAUGGAGUCAGGCAAGUUACAUGGGAAGUUCCCAUGUUCUCCUCCCCUCGACCCAUGUGGGCCCCACAACCUUCUGAGUCUCUGGUAGUGAGACCUUGACAAGGUUCAUGGGUAGUUUUCAGCACUAUUUAAACAUCUUGGUCUCCAAGGACAGAGAGAGUAUAUGUGUUGCCUCUGUAUUCUAUUCUGGGUCUCUUAGCUACUUUGUCCUCUGGAUGAAAUGCAUAGAUUAGUGUGACCUUAUUCCCU